AUGGUUUCAGCGAGGGCAAUUCCGCAAAACGCGGAAAAGGGGGUUCCAGAAAUAGGCAAUUAUGCCACCGCUCGAAAAACACUCGGACACCCUGCAAGCAACAACAGAAACAGAGGAUCAGGGGCGAAAGGGAGAUCGUGCAGAAUGUCACACGCAGGUUCAUACGACUCUUCUCACUCUCAAUCUGUCAUGACCGAGGACGAGGAAGACUGGGAGGACUACGUGAAGGGCGGAUAUCACCCGGUACACAUUGGCGAUGCAUUUUCCGAUGGCAGGUACAUCGUCGUCCGCAAGCUUGGCUGGGGUCAUUUUUCCACCGUCUGGCUCGCCCGAGAUACAAAAAUGAACCGUCAUGUCGCCCUCAAGGUCGUCAAGUCUGCCCCUCGGUACACCGAGACGGCCCUCGACGAGAUCAAGCUUCUGCAGCGGCUAAUCACUUCCUCAACACCGCCAGUACAACCCUCCACUACCAAUCCGCACCCACCACCAUCACCCUCCCAGACCCACCCAGGUCGUUCGCACGUUAUCUCCUUCCUCGACCACUUCCGUCACAAGGGUCCCAACGGCACCCACGUCUGCAUGGUUUUCGAGGUGCUCGGCGAAAACCUGCUGGGGCUCAUCAAACGCCAUCAAAACAAGGGCGUGCCCAUGCACCUAUGCAAACAGAUCGCGAAGCAAAUUUUACUCGGGCUGGACUACAUGCAUCGCUGUUGCGGCGUCAUUCAUACUGACCUCAAACCGGAGAACGUGCUGGUCUGCAUCGAGGACGUCGAGUCGAUUAUCCAGGCUGAGCUAGCAGUGCAGUCCACGUCCGCAACGCCUCCGCCAACGCGGCUCGUUGGCGUACCCCCGUCACGCGGGCGGGGCGGUAAUCAGACGCCGCGCUCCGAGUCGGUGUUCAUCACGGGCUCCCAGCCGCUCCCGUCGCCGUCAUCGUCGUUCGGCUCGUCCUCGCACCUCGACCGCUGGGCGUUCGGGAUGAGCAAGAUCGACGGCGACGGUGGUGAUGGCGGCGAUGCUCAGCCGGGCUCGCUCGGGAGCGACAAGCGAGAAGAUUCGACCGAGGUCGCGACCGAGCGCAUAUCCAACGUCACCCUCGACGGGUCCCCCUUCGGCGGGAAGGCGCGCACGCGCCCCGAUACCAAGCCCGCCGCGGGGCCAUCAUUGCUUUCGCGGCAGGCCCCGCCGCACGCGGGCCCGUCGAACGCACCCCCACCUUAUUCGUCCGAGCCCAGCAGCCUACAAGAAGGCCCCGCACCGGAGCUCGAUGCGAUGCUUGGCACAAGCGCUAUGUCCGUCGACUCCAUGCCUCUUCUGGACGGCACGGAGAAGAUUACGGUCAAAAUCGCCGAUUUGGGCAAUGCGACGUGGGUGGAACACCACUUCACGGAUGAUAUACAGACGCGGCAGUAUCGCUGUCCUGAGGUCAUCCUCGGAGCAAAGUGGGGUCCCAGCGCAGAUAUUUGGAGUGUCGCUUGUGUCAUUUUCGAGCUUCUUACUGGUGGAGACUACCUCUUCGACCCCGCAUCGGGAUCCCGGUACAGCAAGGACGAUGAUCACAUCGCACAAAUCAUGGAGCUCAUGGGCGAGAUCCCGAAGAGUAUCGCAUUUUCAGGCAAAUAUAGCUCGGACUUUUUCAACCGUAAAGGUGAGCUCCGGCACAUCCAGAAGCUGCGUUUUUGGCCGCUCGAGGCGGUGCUGCACGACAAGUACCUACUCCCGAAGGACGAAGCGGACCUGAUCGCGUCGUUCCUGACGCCGAUGCUGCGCCUGCACCCGGACAAGCGCGCGCCCGCAAGCGAGCUCGUACAUCACAAGUGGCUCGACGGCGUCGUCGUGCAGGGCGAGAUCGACGUCAUGCGGCGCGCGGAGGACGAGCGCCGGCGGAAGCAGGCCGCGGCGGGAGCGAUUGCGGCGGGCGGGGGCCGCGAGAUGCACCUCCCUGUCCGCAAGGACUCGAACGCGGACGCGAUGAAACCGGUGGACGUGGACGAGCUCGGGGCGAUGAGCGGGGAGAUGGACGUCGUCGUGCCCGUGCCGAAGUUGUCGACGCCCGUUCCGUCUACAGCGGAUGCGAAGGAGAACGUGCAUGCACCUGGACAUUCGCGGACGGGCAGCGGCGUACCGAUAUUACAUGCGCUCGCUAAUGGGAAGCCGCCGCCCGUUGGACAUGGUGCGCCGCGUGGGUGA